AUGGUCAAGAUAGUAUUUGGAGGAAGUGCUUUCAUGAGCGGGGCAGCCCUGGGCAGCCCUGACAUGAUGAACAAGGUCUUUGACGCUCUGCUCACCUCUGGCGUCACCACAAUCGACACAGCGCGCCUCUACACCGGCUCCGAAGAAGCCAUCGGCACGCAAGAGAAGCGCACACAAUUCGUAAUCGACACCAAAGUUCCCGGCGGCUUUGUCCCCGGGUCAGCGCGCAAGGACACGAUAGUCUCGCACGUCAAGGAGGCUAUUCAAAAGUGCGGCAUCAAGCAGUUCGACAUAGUGUACAUGCACUCACCCUCCGCCGACGUGCCACUCGAAGACACCCUCGCUGGUAUCAAUGAAGCCCACAAACUCGGCUUGUUCAAACGCUUCGGCCUGAGCAACUAUGCGCCUCAAGACGUGCAGCGCGUGUACAACCUCGCAAAGGAAAAAGGCUAUCCGCUCCCUGAAGUCUACCAAGGCAACUACAACCCUAUGGCGCGCCACCUAGAGAAAAACUUGUUCCCCGUGCUGCGCAAGCUCGGCAUAGUCUUCUAUGCCUAUUCGCCGCUCGCGGGCGGCUUCUUGAGCAAAUCGCUUACUGAUCUGGAUGCGGGCGCGGGCCGGUUUAACAAAGACGUUAUGGGUGGUAUGUACAACGACAUGUACAACAAGCCGUCUCUGCGCAAGGGGCUCAAGUUGUGGAGUGCGAUUGCGGAAAACGAGGGCGUGACCAAGGCGGAGUUGGCGUACAGGUGGGUAGCAUAUCACUCUGCGCUGACAGAUGAGGAUGGAAUGGUUUUUAGCGCGAGCUCAUUAGAUCAGCUUGUCCAGACAGUAGGGAGUAUUCAGAAGGGUGGCUUGAGCGCCGAGGCGGCCGAGAGCAUUGAUGGGUUGUGGGAGACCGUCAAGGCUGAGGCGCCUAUGGAUAAUUUCGUCUGGUUGCAGGGACAAAACGGUUUAGAAGUUGGAGACAUACAGAAUAGUGUGAACUUGUGA